AUGGAGGUUCAAACGUGGUAUUUAAAAACAUCAAAAUUGGCUCUGGCACUAGCAAUUAUUCGUUCAAAACCACCAGACAGAAACAGCAGAGAAUAUACAGAGCAUCUUGCUAAGAUAUUAUCUGGACAAGAUGGAGAAUGGAGAUCAAAAGUCGAAGCUUUGGAAACUGAAGUUCUGCAAUUACGUCAAAAACUUCUUUUGAGCCAGAUCUGUCCAAGACCUUAUGUAAAGAAUGGUAAGUAUGUGUAGUCAUUUUUUGAGUAAUAUGAGCCCGAAAAUCCUGAGAAUAUCUCCAGUCAGCUGGAAGACUCUGGCUGUGAUGUGUUAAGUGAAAAUAGAACUGAUCCUUCAGAGCUGUCCCAGAAUGUUGAAGAGAGUUUUAUUUCAUCUUCUGAAAUUUCUGUAUGUCAACUGCCCAUUGUGAAAAGUCACUGUGCCUUCCAAGAAAAAACUUUAUCUUCGCACCUGCAAUUUUUGCAACAUGUUCUUGAACUGAAGAACUUGACAGAAUCUGGUAGUUUGAAAACAGAUUUAAACAAGUUUGAAAGUGACUGUUCCACAGUAUCUGAUUCUGUUUUUCGGUUGCUUGAUGGCCUGAUAACUUUUUACAGUGACUCUAAACUCCCUUUCUCAAACUUUUUGACAGAAGCAGUUUGUAUUUUGACUAGGUUAAUCGAUGAUUGUACUUUAUCUAAUCACAUACUUAAAAAAUGUUUCAAGAAGUUGGAAGAAUUUGAGAAAACUCUAGUGCAGGUUAUUUUAAGGAACAGCAGUAUUAAUCGGUUUCAGGUGCAGCAUUACAUCUCUAAUAGUCUGGUCAUACUGGGGAAGUGCAGUUUUUUAAGAAAACCUGUCAUAUCUCUGAUUUUAUCACAAGUUAACAACUUCACUGAUGAGUUGAGGAAUAUGCAUCAGGUCCAAGCUGGGUAUGAUGUGACAUGCUAUGAGAACAUGUUCUCUCUCUUCUGGAUUCUAGAACAGCUGCUUCAGGAUGGAACAGAAGACACUAUUAUGCCAAGUAUAGGCCCUGCAGAACAGGAGACUAAGAAGUUUCUUGAGCAGCUUGAUCAAACUAUUCUCCAUCUCUCAGAUGAAUUCCCUUUGUUUACUUUAUACCUAUGGAGAGUGGGUGUUCUUUUGAACUCAGCUCAGAUAAGAACUGCUGAAAAUAACUCACCUCCCUAG